AUGUUACUAGAUGUACAUGGAUUUAUGUCUUCUGUAACAGAUCAGAGCAAAAAUGGGACUGUUCGUCAGCAAUCAUGUCCUGAGACACCCGAACAAAAUGGUAUUUCAGAGAGAAAGGUUAGACAUGUUGUGGAAUGUGCUCGAACACUUCCUCUUGAGUCUUCAAUGCCUAAAACCUUUUGGGUAGAAGCUGUGAAAACAGCAGUCUAUCUUAUUAAUAGACAAUCUACUCCAGUUUUGAAAAACAAAUCUCCAUUCUUCUCUCUUUAUAAUAAAGAACCAAACUAUUUUGACACGAGGGUUUUCGGAGGCAUUUGCUUUGUCUAUCAUUCACCAAAGGAAAGAGAUAAAUUGUCUUCUAAAGCAGCUAAAUGGGUUUUUAUUGGUUAUGCUGAUCACCAAAAGGGAUAUCUCUGUUCUGACCCUUUAAAUCACCCCGACAUUGAUGAUUCGGAGUCAAAACAAAUUUUAGCAACAAAUGGACCCUUGUCUACUUCCUCUUCCGACUUAUCCCCCGCUUCUUUAGAUCAAAAUACUACCUAUCAGGCUAUCACAUGUACUCCCAACAUUGCUCUUCCUAAAACUACUAUUUCUACUGCUCCUGAAACUUUUGAUACAACUUCUGUUUGUUGUUCCCCUAGACAUACUAUGGUUCCUAACAGAUAUGGUUAUUCACAUGAGCGAUAUGGUAGUCAAGAGUGUUGGAGACAAGCUAUGAAUGAGGAGCAUGCAAUCGAGGAGAAUGAUAGUAGCCUAGAACGUCAUAAAGCUCAAUUGGUUGCUCAAAGGUUCAAGCAGGAACAUGGGCGAGACCACGAGAAGACUUUUGCUCCAGUUGCUAAGAUGACGACCAUUCGUACACUUUCGGCAGUUGCCUCUGCUAAAAAGUGGAAUCUUCAUCAAAUGGAUGUUCAAAACGCAAUUCUUCAUGGAGAUCUCAAGGAAACAAUUUAUAUGAAGCCUCCCCCUGGAUAUUCAAUUUUGCAGCCUAAUCUUCAAAAAUAUAGAAGUGAUCUUGUUCGCUUAGCCAAUCUCACAAACAACAAGAUAGCUCACACUUCCAUGGUAGUUAAUACUAAAUAUGCCAAGGAGGAUGGUGCACCACUCUUUGAUCUGACAUUAUAUCGGAACCUAGUUGGAAGCCUUAUCUAUCUAACUAUUACUCGCCCUGAUAUAGCAUAUGUUGUACAGGUACUAAGUCGAUAUCUUCGAGGCACACCUGAUUAUGACCUUCUCUUUCCUACCACCUCAACUCUUCAAUUAGUAAAAUAUUCUGAUGCUGAUUGGGCCGGGUACCCCAAUACUGGACAUUCCACCACAGUUGCUAGCUUUGAGAUCGUAUGGCUUCGUCGGCUACUAUCCGAAAUUGGUGUUUCUUGCAAUACGCCAACUCGAUUAUAUGUCGGUAAUUCUAGUGCUGUCCAAAUUGCCAAGAAUCUAGUUUUUCAUGAGCAUACUAAACAUAUAGAGGUUGAUUGCCAUUACAUUCUUGAUCUUAUUGGAGACUACAACAUCAGUUUAGCACAUGUUCCCUCCCAUGGUCAACUUGCUAAUCUGUUCACUAAGGCUAUGACCAAAAAGCAUCAUUAUUACUUACUGUCCAAAUUGAUGCUUGGUUGCAAUAUGCAUCAACCUCAGUGGGAGGUGAUGACUGAGAAAAUCAAGGAUUGA